AUGAGCGCGCUGCUGGAGACUUCAUUGGGGGACAUCGUCAUUGACCUGCUGGUCGACGAGUCACCCAAGGCCUGUGAAAAUUUUCUGAAGCUCUGCAAGGUCAAAUACUACAACUUCUCGCCCAUCCACAGCGUUCAGAAGAACUUCUCCUUCCAAUCGGGCGACCCCCUAGGCCCAGAUGCCCCCGACAGCGAUGGCGGAUCUUCCAUCUGGGGUGUGCUGGACGGUCCAGCCAAGAGAACCUUUCCAGUCGAGCUCCCCCCGAAAAUGAAACACACCGAACGCGGCACCGUCAGCCUGGCGACCGUUCCAGCAAUGAACGAUCCAGAUCAGCGACUAGCGGGGAGCCAGUUUCUGAUUACGCUGGGAGACAAUCUCGAUUAUCUGGAUGGGAAGGCGGCCAUUUUCGGCAAGGUCGUAGAGGGAUUCGACGUGCUGGAAAAGAUCAAUGACUCCUUCAUCGACGACCGGGGCCGGCCAUUGAAAGAUAUCCGGAUUCGCCACACUGUUGUGCUCGACGAUCCGUUCGAUGACCCGUCAGGCCUGGUGGAACCGCCCGAGAGCCCCGUGCCAUCCAAGGCCCAGCUGGCCACGGUGAGGAUCGCAGACGACGAGGAUUUGGACGAUGACAUGGAUGAGGAUGCGAUGGAGAAAUUGCGCCGAGAGCGUGAAGCCCGCGCGCAGGCGCUGACCUUGGAAAUGGUGGGAGAUCUUCCCUUCGCUGAGGUCAAGCCCCCGGAGAAUAUCCUUUUCGUAUGCAAGUUAAACCCAGUCACACAAGGUAUGUCGUUUCCCCUGCCCUGCCAGUUGCGGUUUCCUAAUUACAAUUCUAUAGAUGAGGAUCUCCAUCUCAUCUUCAGCCGCUUUGGGCAAAUCCUGUCUUGCGAGGUCAUCCGGGACAAGCGCACCGGUGAUAGCUUACAGUAUGCCUUCAUUGAGUUUGAGAACCAGAAGGACUGUGAACAAGCCUACUUCAAGAUGCAAGGAGUCCUCAUUGAUGACCAUCGGAUACAUGUGGACUUCUCACAGAGUGUACGUCUCCCCUCUCUCUAUCUCCUUAAAAGGAUUAUGCUCACACCCCGAUCAGGUUUCCAAACUAUCCGAAAGCUGGCGAAAUGCUACCGUCACGAAGCGCCGACAACGAGGCGGUUUCGGAGGUGUGGCCGACCUAGAAAAGAAACGGCAAUACAGGGCGUUCGAUGA